GGGAAAUUCCACCUUAAUGCUGUAGAUGUAAGAGGAACGGAACAUUUGUGAGGAGAAAAGAAUAUGAAUCAAAACGUUCUGAAGACCUUUUCCGUUAAGCUGGGAAUCACAUCCCAGCGUGUGCUAAGAAAAGCUCAAGAAUACCACAGGUUGAUAGAGGUGAAGACAAGCAGUACCGCAUUGGCAGCCCUGAAGAUCACAGGCAGCUGUGAAGUGGUCAUGUGCUUAGACUUGGCCUCUGAGCACUGUGGUGAACAUCUGGACAAGAAAAACCUGGUGCGACUGUCUGGCCUAAAUAAGAGGACAUAUUUGAGUUCGGUGAAGGCAUUAGAGAGUCUGUUAGGCCUGGAAACUGCUCAGACUCUGAAGGAGAUGGCUGUCCAGUACGGCUGCACUGAAGCUACAUCACUGGCAGAGGAAAUCCUACGCAGGUAUGUUGCAGUUCAGAAUGAGAAGUCUUGUCAGGAAAUGGACUUUAGAAGCCCUCUGUUCCUGUCAGCGGCAUUGUGUGCAGCUUGUAGAAAGCUGAAGGUGAGAGUUGAGUGGUCAAAGUUACGGGAUGUGGCAUCAGUGAAAAGAACUACCUAUGAAAGACUAUUGGUGGACAUGGGCAAUAUAGCACAGGAUAUCACAGGUGAUAAAAAGUCCCCAAACCGAAAGAGAGGAAAGUCAUUUUAUGAAGAAUUAGAGCAGGCCGUCUUAGAGGAAGAAGCUGUUCCUGUGAAGCAAGUCAGAGACACUGAAAACAACGAUCCUAAGGUUAACUUCCAGCUGUGGAAACAAAAAAUUUUGGCGCAAGCCGCUAAGAAACAGAGCAGUUGACGUUAAUGACUGUGGUUUUACCUGGACUCUCUCUUUGCAAAUUUGGUUCACGUAAAUUGAUGCCUCUGAAAUGUUCAACAGUAUUGUUACGUGAUUGCUUUU